AUGGACCGAGGCCGAUAUAAUUUCCAAAGAGUUAAUGAGGUGGCUGCAGUUUUUGCAACUACGGCAGAUGGAGACAUUCCUGAAUCGUACGUGACUAUCAGGAAUAAAACUACAAAACAAUUAAAAUCUAUUAGUACCAUGGAUUCUAACGUUGAACCAUGGAUUUAUCCGUUAUUUUAUCCUCACGGGAGUAAAGGUUGGCAUAAAGAUUUACCCUGCGUACGCAGAAAUAAACAUGUAACUCGAAAUGCUUACAUUAAAUUCCGCAUGGCAAUACGUAAUAGUUUUAAUGCAUUCUUGAUGGGCAGAAGAUUAUUUCAACAAUGGGUAGUAGAUAGUUACGUAAAAAUAGAAAAAGACAGAAUUUCUUUUUGCAGAAACAAUCGAAAAAAAUUAAGGGCAGAGUCAUAUCAGGGAUUAAUUGAUCAUUUACAUAACAGAGCAACCGAUACAAACAGUCAAAUCGGUAAAAUAAUAAUACUACCCUCUACAUUUGUAAGUUCUCCUAGAAAUAUGGUUCAACAUUACCAAGAUGCGAUGUGUCUCGUAAGAGUAUUUGGAACCCCUGAUUUGUUCAUUACGAUGACGUGUAAUCCGCAAUGGCGUGAAAUAGUUGAAAAUUUAUUGCCAGGCCAAACUGCUGCAGAUAGGCCGGAUAUUGUUGCUAGAGUAUUUUAUUUAAAAGUUAAACAAUUGAUGGACAUCAUAGUUAAACAGAAUCAUCUUGGUGAAGUUAAAGCUUUUGUCUAUGUAAUUGAAUACCAAAAACGCGGUCUUCCUCACGUUCAUUUAUUGGUAACUCUUAACGAUAAUUCUAAGAUUACUACUCCUGAAGAAGUAAACAGGUAUGUUUCAGCCGAAAUACCAGAUCCACUUACAAAUCCAAGAUUACAUGGUAUUGUAAUGAAAAAUAUGAUACAUGGACCUUGCGGGGAUUGGUGUUUAGUUAAUAACACCUGUUCAAAGAAAUAUCCCAAGCCUCAUGUAUCAGAAACGACGAUGAACGAAAAUGGCUAUCCUCAAUACAGGCGAAGAAAUACAAAUAUUUCUUAUCUAAAAGGAAAUAAUUAUGAAGUAGACAACAAACAUGUAGUCCCGCACAACAGAAAAUUAUUGUUAUUGUUGAAUUGUCAUAUAAAUGUAGAAAUUGUUGCAAGUGUUGAAUCAGUCAAAUAUUUAUUUAAGUACGUAUACAAAGGUCAUGAUGCCUCUGCCUUUGAUGUUACAAAUUCAGAUCAAAAUCGAAUUGUCAAUCAUGAUGAAAUUAAAGAUUUUCUUGAAGGACGAUACGUUGGUCCCGUUGAAGCUUGCUGGCGAAUUUUAAAUAAAGAAUUACAUAACAAAAGCCAUACGGUAAUUAGAUUGCCAGUUCAUUUACCGAACCAACAUACAAUUACCAUAGAUCCUGAAAAUACUGAAAAUAUUCAAAAUGCCCUAGAAAAAGAAACUAUGCUCAUUGAUUACUUUGCUUUAAAUGCACGAGAUCCGGAAGCCAGAAAUUUAUUUUAUUCAGAAAUUCCAUCACAUUAUGUAUUUAAAAAAAAAGAUAAGAAUUCAAGCAAAUUAACUUGGGAAAGGCGACAAACACAGUUCAAUGCUUUGGGAAGGAUGUAUUCAAUUAGUCCUGCGCAAACCGAAUUGUUUCAUUUACGUCUUUUAUUACUCAAUGUUAAAGGAGCAGUAAGCUUUAUUGGCCUCAAGACUGUAAAUGGAACGUUAUAUGAAACGUUUGCUGCAACGUGUUUGGCUCUAGGACUUGUAGAAGACGAUACUGAAUGGGAACGAACGUUAUCCGAAGCUCAACUAUGGAUGAUGCCAGUACAAUUACGUAAAUUGUUCGUCCGAAUUUUAUUAUAUUGUCACCCUGCAUAUCCUGAAAGAUUGUGGGAAAAAUUUAAACAUUCAAUGUCGGAAGAUUUUCUAUUGGAGCUAGAUACUACCUUAGCUUAUAAAAAAACUUACUUUUUACUAAAUGACAUGUUAAUAUCAGAAGGAUCAGCGCUUAAUAAAUUCCCAACUAUGGAACAGUUGAUAGAUUUUAACAUACCUGAAAAUGACAACAUGUCACUAAUAGAUCAUCAAAGAAUCGGAGAAGAACAAUAUGUGAAGUUGAACGAAAAACAAAAGAAUAUUGUAGACACCAUAAUGAAUUCGACAAUUACAGGAGAUGAUGGUAUCAAUAUUCAUAAUUCUAAUUGUUUUUAUAUCGAUGGACCCGGUGGCUCAGGAAAAACAUUUAUUUACACAACAUUAUUUCACUUACUUGUAAGUAAACAACGAAAUGUAUGCACGAUGGCCUUUACAGGAAUUGCAGCAACUCUCCUUCCGCACGGCAGAACAGUUCACAAAGUAUUUGGUAUGCCUGUUCCUCUUUAUGAAGAUUCAACUUCUAAUAUCAAAAUAAUUCUAACGAAUAUCAUUACUUAA